GCAGAGGAGAGGUCAGAAAGCGAACAGACGCGGUUGAAAAUUCACCCCUGCAUAUAGUGUUUUGCAAGCAGCAGAUCCGCCGCUCAAUGCAUGCUGGGAUAGCUAGCGACGCGAAACAAGCGCGACGUUACUUAACUUUUCUCUCUGACUAUUUUUAUUUUAAUCAUUUUAAGAGACUGGUGGGAGGUUAUGAAGUAAACGCCCUAGUGGAAAGCGUCUAUGAUUUCUUAAUUCUUGCCAUUAAGAGAUCAGCGAAACUGGGCAGACAGGAGCGGCUGUGAGCGAAUAGGCUGGUGUUGCUCUUGCAGUGGAGGCGGAGAGCAGUGCCUAUAGAGACGGACGGGUGCAGACAGAGGACGGACGCAGCUGUCACAUGCUGGAUGAGCAGCGCCACAAAGCUGAACUGCGGGAUGAGGAAUUGAACACAUUUCGUCAAAUGGAAACACAUUUUUACUAAAUAGUUAUUUAUGUAAAAAAAAAAAAAAAAAAAACAGAGGCUUGUACACUCGUGGUCCGCGCGGACGCACAGCUCGGUUUGGAGCGGAGCACGUUCGGCUGUUUGAAUCACGUUACUGGGGAGACGGUAGUUAAGCGGAGGGAGCAACGAGAAGCCACUUCUGAAGUAUUUUUCUGAAGUUAAAGCCGUCGAUUUGACCAACAGUCUGUUGCAUCUCCAAGGAAAAGGGGAAGACAUCAGAGAGAAGGCGAGGAGAGAAGGCAGCAUGGUUACUACCAAGGGAACAGGCCUGAACCCCAACGCAAAGGUGUGGCAGGAGAUCCCCGCACACCAGAAUGACCUCCCAGAGGGGACAGGGGACUCUCCUUGGCUGUUGACCUACUCCCCUCCCGCUGAAAUGACUGGAGGUUCCUCAGAAGUUCCCUCUGUAGGGGGAAAAGGAUAUGACACUGAAUACCAGGACAGCACAGCUGACUAUGACCCCGCACCCACGGAUGACAUUGUCGACGGCAUUGACCAUGCUGAUCUGAGCUAUUUAGUCUUUGACUCACAAUGCGGCCCUGCUGUGGACGGUGACAUUGUGAAGGAACAACCAAUGUCUGAGGAGAGCCUGCGGGAGUCUUUGAAGAAACAGCUCGAGUUCUACUUUUCUAGAGAGAACUUAACUAAGGACCUGUACCUGAUAUCCCAGAUGGACAGUGAUCAGUUUGUUCCUAUCUGGACUAUUGCGUGCAUGGAAGACAUCAAAUCCCUUACCACUGACAUGGAUCUUAUUCUUGAUGUCCUGCGAGCCUCACCGAUGGUGCAAGUUGACGAUUCUGGAGAGAAGGUUCGGCCAAACCACAGUCGCUCCAUCAUUAUUCUGAGAGAGGUGCCAGAGACUACACCAGUUGAGGAAGUGGAGGCUCUUUUUAAGAGUGAAAAUUGUCCAAAAGUAUUAAGUGUGGAGUUUGCACACAACAGCAACUGGUACAUAACAUUUCAGUCUGACAUGGAUGCAUUGCAGGCUUAUAGAUACUUAAGAGAGGAAGUAAAAACGUUUCAGGGGAAGCAAAUCAUGGCCCGUAUCAAGGCCAUCAACACGUUCUUCGGCAAGAACAGCUUUCGCAGUGUGGACUCAUCUGCUUACAGCCAGCAUACCCAACCACAGGCUCAGUACAGCUCCCCAGUGUACAUGCAGCAGGUGUACAGCCCUCAGCAGCAGUACCCUGUUUACCCUGUGGUGUCUCCCUCCUGGAACCCUUCUGUCGUGCCUUACUUUGAAACACCACUGGCACCUUUCCCGCAUAAUGGAUUCAUGAAUGGUUUCAGCGGUGCGGGUAACUACAAAGUCAACUCGAGCUCCGUCAACACCCAAAGACCAUUGAACAGAAACAGAAACCAUGUCAAGGGUCACCCUAGGCCCAGAGAUGAGCCCUCUCAAUCUUUGUCCCCCGGGGCCUUGUCAGAUGGUCUGCCUGGUCACUUAAGUUCACUGCCCCCCCAGAAGUCAGGGACACUGAGUGGCACCAAUACAGCAUUGGUCUCUCUGCCAUCCUUCAGCCAUAAAGAUGCUCCUCUACAGGCCACCAAUCUUUCUGGGUAUCUGAACAUGGCUGCACGGGGCAGAAGAGGUAGCCAGAGAGGCAUGAGGAGGAAGCGGGAGGAUGAACAAAGCAUGAAGCCUAUCCCCUUGAUGGAGGCCAAGGUAUCUCCUCCACCAAAGUUCGAUCUGGAAGCUUCCAAUUUUCCACCUUUACCGGGAUCUGUGGUCAGUUUGAGAGAAGAAACUACACCAGAGAUGCGCAUGUCUGAUGUUGUGCGUGGCCUAAAGGUGACUCACAAGUCUGCCAACCAAGAGGCUCGUGAGACCCAACCCACAAACACAGCCGAAGAUGAUGUGAAGAAAGUUGAUCCUGUGACUCCGGUUGCUAAACCUCCUCCUGUAACACCACCCACACAGGUGGCACUGUCUCCACCAAGUGUUGUCUGUCCACCAGUUAAGGAGGAGGAUAAAACUGAACCUCCUGUUCCAGAGGAGGAAACCUCAUCAGACACACAGGUUUCCCCUCUAGCAGCCUCUGAAGAUGCCCCUUCCACCUGCAGCCAGUCAGAAGGAACUUCUCCAUCUCCUCCCUCUCCUACAUCAGAGCUGGGGUCAAGGAAACUCAGCUAUGCAGAAGUGUGCCAGAAGCUAGCCAAGGACCCUCCACCAGUCCAGCCCCCCUCUCCCUCCCCUCCAGCCUCUACAGCCAGCCAGCCACUCCAAGAGCUCAAGGUCAACAGGGUGGAGGAGCUCCGGCCCAACUCCAGGCGCACUAAAGACAAACCGGAGAAAUCCGGACACAGCCGCCCUCCUCGACAACCGUUACGCUCCUUUACUGGGGCGAAUGGCCAAUCAAGAGUCGCGGGCACAGGGCAGAAGAUUUGGGAGCAUCAGAGAGGCCUGAAUCCAAGAAAACAGUUUUCCCCUCAGCGGGGAGUACGGCGUGGAAAAGAACAGAACAUUCCCCCCCGGUCACCGAAGUAACCUGAGAAAAGAAGCCUAUAGAAUAUGAAUAAACACACAUGUAAAUAUGUAAAUAGAGAGAUGAAUAUAUUUCUUAGACAGACUUUAUCACUUGAUCUCUUAAAAAGGUUUCAGACAUGUAAUAAUUUGGCAACACAUCAAGUACAUACACCUUUCUAGAAACUUCAUAAAGUCUGCUGAGAGAUGCAGAAUUGUUGGGUGAUAAAACUUUAUGUUAAGUAAUUUUAUCACGACAUCAUCAAAAGACACCUCCAUAAAUCGGCAUGAUCUGUAGUGUGUGUGUGUGUGUGGUUGUGUGUAUGGAUGUAUGUUGACUGAAAAUGGGAAAUUUGGAUCUUGUUACUUUUCAGUAAUAAGGAAGUUAACCUAUGGCAAGUGUUAAUAUUUGCAAUGUCCAUUAGGCACAUUUGAGGUCUUUGUGAAUGGUUGAUGUAGGUGUGCUCUGUCUUGAACGUUGAAACGUAAUUGUUUUUUCUUGUCUUUUUCAGUACUGAAAUCAAGAAUGCAUGGCCGUUAAAGGGUAUAUGUUAAAUGUAUGGCAUAAUUCUAGAAACCACGGGGGUGUCUGAUGAUUAAUGUAAAGAUUGUACAUUUCUAACGUGAAGUAGUGUUUGAACAUUUCUCUCGUUAAUACGAAGGUAAAUGUGCAGAACAUUUGAUCUUUCAAUACUUAACCAGUAGUUGUCUUUUUGAGGCAUAUGUUAGUGCUGUACUUCUACUUCAAGAAUAUUCCAGUAUUACUUGAAAGUUAGGUUUGUUUAUGUUGAGGCUGGAUCAAAUGGCUUCAUAAACAUGUGUACGUCUUAGUAUACAUUGCAAGAAAAAUGCAACUGAAAAAUAUUCAGUCAAAUAGCCAUGAGUCACUAGAUGAAAGCAGGAGCAGAAUACUUUUAAUUGGGUAUCAGUUACAUACAUUUCUGGGUAUUACAGCAGGAUUAAUGGGAUAUUUGACCAGCUUUGGCUUCAGUCCUUGAUUUUUGUAAAACAGCCUUACUCUAACUGGAACUUGUCAAAAUACAGUGGAAAGGUCUGAGGAUUAGCCAGGAGUCAAUAGGAUUUAGGUUAUGGAUCGUUCUGUAUUAACAGUUUCUGUAAAGCCUUUAGGGAAAGAUGGUAAAUGUUGGAGAACCAGGUGUCUCUUGGUUGUGACUACUGUCGGCACUAGAUUUAUUAAUGCAUUUGAAAUGACGUGGGACCUUGGGGUAUACAUUUUUUGGUCAGAACAAAAUGUGUAACCUUCAUAAUGACAGUAUGUAAUUGAUGGUUGGCCAGUGUUUCAGCUGAUGUAGAUCGUACAUCACAUGUACCUGCUUUUGUUGUUGAAUAUGUAGGGCUUCAAAUGAAUGUACUCCUUUUGGCUUAAACCACUUUUGAGCUUGGCUGUUUAGGCUAUCAUUGGUUGUUUUUGUAUACACGUUCAUUUUUAUGUAGGUUGUUCAUGUUUUUCUUCUUGCUAUAGAAAGGUUUAAUUUUCUAUCAGAUUGUGUCUCUUUUGAGUUAACAGAACUUAAUGUAAUUUAAAAAAAAAACAACCAAUGCUUAUGGUUGCGGAACAGAUACUCAUGUCAUCAACAGCUGAAUUAGAAGCCAGUCAAUACAACCAGUCUUGGCUGAGCAGAAAAUGCCUGCAUAUGUAGUGAUGUGAGCUGAAAUGCACUACCCACAAGGCUUUUGGAUCAUUACUGCAGUGAAAUUUAAAAGGUGUUGUAAAAAUGUUGAACUUGUGUGCUAACGUGCUUACAUUUCAUCUUAAGUUUUCUGAUUCUGCAAAAGAAAGUGAGAUAAAAGAGAUAGUCAGCUUUGCUUUGCUUGGAUGAAUGUCUUGAGUCACCUGUUGUAAAUGUAUUGCAUUUCAAAGUAUAUUGUUUCUUGUUAUCUGUAGUACAGUUGUUUCCUAGGUAUACAUGUGUAACAUUGAAAGGUUGCGUGUGUAAGAAAAGAGGAUGCUUCUUCUAAAACUUUAUGGAACUAUUAUUUGAAACCAAACCCGCCGUGCCUUAAUAUUUCAGUUUAGUGUUAAAGAGUUUUGAGCACAGGGGUUUGUCACACUAAAUAAGGGUAGUUAGUUGGUUGUUAAGUCAGUUUAUGACACUUGAGACACAAGAUUAAGUCCUGUCCAGUGUAAUAUUCAUUUUAUUUUGGGAGCAGCUGCAGGGCUUUGACUGGUUUAGGAGGGGCUUAAUAUGUGUGUGCAUGCUUGUUCAUGUUCAUGAUGUGUGAAACAGCUAAUUUUGUUAGCUUGUCAAUGCAGUUUGUCUUUUAUCAAAAAUAUGUCCAAAAGCUCACAUUGAAAAAUUUGUUUGCAGUUUGCAGCCAUGUACACACUGGUUAUUUAGUGAAUAUUCUGUUGCAGAGUCAGAUGUAUGGAAUAAAGAUUUAUUUUUAA